GCAAUGUCACAACUAACUUAGAGCAGAGGAGCUACUUGGCUAGCAGAUAUAACUAUGGCUACUAAUGUUUCCCCUGUGCUCUUUUCAGUUUCGAAUUUACCACAUUUCUUCAUUGUUUACACAUUGUGCUUGCUGGUUUUCUGUAGUCUUAAUUUUAACUUGUGCUAUGGGAUCAGAGCAAGACAUUUUAACUUGUCCACUGUAGCCACUCACUGGUCCACUGCUGGUGCAACAUGGUACGGCAGCCCUCAAGGCGCCGGAAGCGAUGGAGGAUCAUGUGGAUAUGGGGAUUUAGUGUCUCAACCACCUUUUUCUUCAAUGAUUACUGGAAUUGGCCCUUCCCUGUACAAUUCUGGCAAGGAAUGUGGAGCUUGCUAUCAGGUGAAAUGUACCAAACACCCUUCUUGCUCAGGCAAGCCAGCAAGAGUUGUGAUUACUGACUUUUGCCCUGGAUGCACAACCGAGAAAGCUCAUUUCGAUUUAAGUGGAACAUCAUUUGGUGCCAUGGCCAUUCCUGGUCAGGAGAAACAUCUCCGAGAUGCUGGAAUUUUAGAAAUCAGAUUUGCUCGUGUUGCGUGUGAUUAUGCUGGGACAAACAUAGCAUUCCACGUUGACCAGGGAUCAAACUCUAAUUACAUUGCAUUCGUGGUUGAGUUUGAGGAAGGAGAUGGUGAUAUUGGCGCGGUUGGCCUAAUGGAAACCACCUCCUCAUCAAAAACCUCGAGUACUAAUGGCCAGGUAAUCACAACUGAAUGGAGGGGAAUGCAACAAUCCUGGGGCGCAGUUUGGAAGCUCGAUGCUGGCGGAGAAUUAAAACCUCCAUUGUCAAUCCAAUUAACCUCUCAGUAUACAGAACAGACAAUAGUCGCAAAGAAUGUGAUUCCAGUAGGCUGGAAACCUGGUGCCACCUAUCGUUCCGUGGUCAAUUUUCUUUGACCCCCAUCCGUGCUGGAUAAAAUCCAGCAGCCUAGCAAUUAUGUAUAGUUAGUAUGUUAAAUCACGUCCCGAGAAAAGAAUUGUACUGUGUCUCUGCAUCAAGCAGGGGAAAAAUGAUCAUUCUUUUUAGCAAGGAGACGAGAGUUCGAAAUAAUGAAACGGUGUGAUGUUUCUAAGUGUCUUGUGUUUGACACAACAUGUAACUUUAGUUUAUGAUUAUGUGACUGUGGUACUAGAUUGUAAGUUGGAAGUACUUGAGCAAAUCAAGUCCAUGCCCGUUUAUGUUUUAAUAAAGAGGUGUUUGUCACUUUAA